AACAACUACUGACUAACUGACUUGACUGUAACCACUGUAACUGUAACCAUUUUAGGUUAUCAAACUCUUGGCAGAGUAUUCUUAUUGUAGGAAAACGCUAGAUACAUAAACAUUUUUUCCUACUGCGAGAAAUUUGAUCGUUUACAAAUAUUUUUAAUAUUUUAUAAAUUAAAUGGAACGUAUCGAGUAACAUUGUCACUUUUGCUCACAAGAAUGUAGUAUAUCCUAAUACAUACGUUUAUCGAAUCUGAAAUCGAAUUUUUAAAUAUUUCCUUUUAUAUAAUAUUGUUGAUCUUAUAAUAAGAACUCAGUAAACUAUUCAUCUUUCGAUAAUUAGUAUAAAAAUUUCAAAACAUAUGUUAAACCUCAAAAUGGUUAUUUAUUUAAGACAAUCAAUUUUGCCGAUUUCACGAACGAUUAAAACAAACUUUACAUUAAUUCGUGGAAUGAGCACGGAUUUGAAAAUAGAUUCUGUAAAAUCCUUACUUUACAAAGAAUAUGGGGAUCCUGCAGCUGUUUUACAUAUAACAACACAAACUAUUAAUCAACCAAAAAAUAAUGAGGUUUCUGUGAAAUGGUUAUUAGCACCUGUUAACCCAGCAGAUAUUAACACAAUACAAGGUAAAUAUCCAAGCAAACCAUCUUUACCAGCUACUCCAGGAAAUGAAGGAGUUGGCGAAGUAAUAGCUGUUGGACCCAAUGUUAAGGAUCUAACUGUCGGUGACAGAAUUAUUCCAAAUGAUGCAAAUCUGGGGACAUGGAGAACACAUGCAACUUAUAAUUCAGGAGAACUCAUGAAGGUUCCAAAAGAUGUUGGAACAAUAGAAGCCAGUAUGUUGAAUGUUAAUCCUUGUACUGCAUAUAGAAUGUUGAAAGACUUUGUAUCAUUGAAAGCAGGGGAUACUGUGAUUCAAAAUGGUGGAAAUUCUGCGGUAGGACUGAUGGUCAUACAAUUAUGUAAAAUAUGGAAUUAUAAAUCCGUUAGUGUUAUCAGAGACAGACCAAAUUUAGAAGAACUAAAGAAUUAUUUAACUAGUUUAGGUGCAGACGAAAUAUUAACUGAAUCCGAUAUAAGAAAUACUCAAAUCUUUAAAAGCAAGAAGUUAACAUCUCCAAAAUUGGCUCUCAAUUGUGUAUGCGGACAAAAUGCAUUGGAUGUUAUGAGGCAUUUAGCACCUGGAGGUGUUAUGGUAACCUAUGGUGGCAUGUCCAGGGAACCUGUAACAGUUCCAACUUCUGCACUUAUUUUUAAGGAUAUAAGUUUAAAAGGGUUCUGGAUGACAGCAUGGACAAAAAAUAAUAAAAGUUCCAAAGAACGUUUAGAUAUGUUUAGUGAAAUAGGAAAAUUAUUCCAAGAGAAAAAGCUUAAAGCUCCACCACAUAAGUUAGUCCCAUUUUGUCAGUUCCAAGAAGCUGUUGUAAAUGCACUUAAUGUUGAUGGUCGAACUGGAGUAAAGUAUAUUUUGGAUAUGACCAAACUUUAAACUAAUUAUUUUACGUAGAAAAUAAAAGUAUUCUACUCUAUGAAAAAGCUGCAUUUUAGAAAGGUUUAGAAUUUAUGUGAGUAGUAUAAAUACUACACUAUUUUAAUGUUAAGUAAAGAAACAUUUAUUUGUACAGAAAAAUGAUUGUAUACAAUUAUAGAUAAAAUGUGCAUAAAAAUUUGGUGCUUUUAUUACAUAACUUAAAAUUAUAUUGCAAAAAAUUAUUCUGCUUUUUCUAGCAUAUCUAAUAUUAACAUUUGAUUUUCUAAGUCAUUAAGCUUGUCUUCAGAAAAGUCUGCACGUACAUUAUCAAGUUUUGUUUUAUAAUCUUCAUUAAAUACUGUUUUUUGACUUUUGAUAUCAACUCUAUCACUUGUGUCUGCUUCUUUUGAGUCGGAACUAUCUUUUCCAAUAUUUUCACUGUCAUGAACAUCGUUUGAAAAUAAAUUCAAAGUAAAAGGUCUUGUAUAUGAAGCUUCUUCAGUCCCUAAUUGAAUGGCUAACAUUCCAAGUUCUGCUUUUGCACCACAAUUUUGUAUAUCUUCAUUUUCUCCCUUUCUUGUUAGCUUCAACAUUUCAUUAGUCAUUGCAUACCUAUAUCAUAUUUAUUAAGUACGUAUUUGUUUCAUCGACUGAAUGUUUCUUCUUCUUUGUUACUUACAUAUUUUUACCCAGUAUAGUACCACGUUCACCAUAAAGAUUAAACGACCCAUCACAGGAGCUUUUGCGAUGCAUGUCACGUAACUUCAUGUCGAAAAAGGUACUUCUGUUCUCUUCAUAUUUUUCAUCGUAUUUUCGUGACGUUAUGUUAAAACUACCAUCAUCAUUUUGCAAUCCAAACCUAAGAAGAAGAGAAACCCUUACGCAAUAUGUCUCUAAUUCUUUCAAACAGUUAUGUCUAAUAUUCCACACUUCAUCACAAGUUAAAUCCUCGUAUAUCUAUGCAACAAAUAAUGGGCAUUUAAUAAAAAUGAAGUUAGUAUAAACGAAUUAUUAGUUAGUAUAAACAAUCUGCCUACGUCAAUAACCAUCUGGUGCAGCAUUCCGAGGCAUCUUUGUGCAGUCGGAUGACUGACCAUAUCUCGCAUUGCAUCUGUGUGAUUUAAUGUUAAAAGAAUAACUUCCUUAGGGCCAGUAGCUGCAGUUAACUGAUAUUUCACCAUCAUGAUCAUGAGAUCAAAUAAUUUGUCCAUACUACUUGCAUCGAGUUUAACAAUAGAUGACAAUACAACAGCCUCUAAAGUUGAUCUUAAAGCAGUCAUUCCACUCGUAGAUUCUUCCUCGAAUAUACAAGACAGUAUUUUAGGACUAAGUAAAGCAGUUGUUACACCUUCCAGCACUGAAAACAAAGCAGUAUUUUCGCUAAGUAGAUUUUUAGUUUAUAAUAGUAAGAUAAAGCUAUUCUAUAAUGUAAAUCAAUAUUUCAGUAUGUAAAUAGUAAUAGUAAAUGCUAUAAGUUUUUCACCUGUAAACUAUGAAAGAUAAAUUUAUUACAAAUGAUCAGUAAACUUGCCUUGUAUAGAUUUUUCAACACUGA